AUGGCGCUUCAGAUUAACAGAAAAAUCCAGCAUCUAGCAACUCUUUAUAAUCAAUUUCGGUUUCUAAUCGACGACAAGCAUGUAGUAUACGUAACCAUUGAACCGGGUAUCUUCCCAGUGGGUGAUUGGUCAUUCAUAGAUUUUCUCUCAUUUCCCCCUGGUGACUGGAAUCGGGGCCGUAUUUCGAAAGACCAAUACACAGGGAGUUUAACUUUCUCCUCCAUCUCAUAUGACAUUAUCCUAGGAGUCGAGAAUAUAUGGCACCAAACAUAUAUCGAUCAUUUAGAAUUUGAGCAGAUUGAUUCUCUGAGUCAGAACGUCCGCAUAGCCACGCACCCUCUUUUCCAUUAUCCAGUAAUCAUCAAAUUUGCUUCGUUUCCUAGUGAGAUAGGCGACAUUGAGACCGAAACAGCGAUGUAUAGUCGGCUUCAUGGUACAGGAAUUAGCCCUAAGUUUCUAGGUCACGUAACGGAAGAGGGUAGGGGAGUUAUCGGAUUUGUCUUAGAGUUUAUCACGAAAAGCAGGCUAGCAGAACCUCGAGAUCUAACCAUCUGCCAAAAGGUCUUAGCAAGGCUACAUAAUCUAGGUAUAAAACAUGACAAUAUUCGCAAGGAUAACUUCCUCGUCCUAGGGGGGAAAGCGUUUCUGAUCGGCUUCAAGGUAUCGUAUUUGUGCGAUGAAAAAAAGGAACUUGAACUUGAAUAUGAUAAUCUUCAAGAGCUAUUUGGCGGGUGUAUAAAGAAUGACAGAGGGACAAAAAGCUAUACCAACUAG